UCCUUUUUGAUACACUAUAAAAGUCAAAAGUAAAAAAAUACCUUUUUUCUUUUUUCUUUUUUCUUCAUUCUUAUUCCAUACAUGCCUUUUAUUCUUCCUGUCGAAAACCAUAAUACCCUCGAGACAUUUAAACGCAUUGUUAAAGACUAUCAACAUGUCAUUGAAAAUAACCCUACUGCUCGCUGUAUGAUUGGCUUUACUGCUGCUCGAAUGAUCCGAAACACGGAAGGAGAUGUGAUUGAUCUUCAGGAGAUGGAACUAUGGCUUCAAUCCUUAGACAAUUCAGACCUUUAUAUCCAUAUAGGACAAGGCGGCCCUUCUUCUGCUGUGGACAAGAUACUGUGUGUAAUCAAAGAAACUUGUUGGGAGCAACAAGGACCAGUCAGAGACAAGCCUAAUUAUGCACUUGAUCGAUACACUCAUCACAAUGAGUCAUAUUACCCUCUUAUAGACUAUACCCCUCCUUCAUUAUGAUAUCCUACUCCCCUUUUUCAUGACCCGGUAUUUAUCCGCCAAAAAGGAUAUAUAUUUUGCGCAGUAACCUACUCUUCAGGGCAAUAACAUAUAGGCUUUAUUAUCAAUAAAAAAGAUUAUAAGUCACAAAAA